CGAAAUGGCAAAUCUUAAAUCCCUCAUCUUUCUGGCUGCUGUUUCGGCUGUACGCGCUAUUAUCAGCCCUGGUAGUCUCGUCACUAUCUCUACAGCUGUUGAUGCCACCAGUGGAGCUGCCUGGUGGGACCCUCUGGAUGAGUACGGCGGCUAUGACUGGCUUGCUUAUCUGAGAAACCCUCCUGGUGGUGCUAUUGCUGAUAAUAAUGUCAUGGUCGCACGACGCUCUAUCUCAGAUGGCAGUGUCUCUCGCGACUGCGUCAGAGAUUCAGACGGGGAGUGUGCUGUCUUUGCGGAUGAUCUGGGACAUAACACUCCCAGUAUCAGUGUUGACGGCGAUGGAUAUGUCCAUGUCUUUACAAGCAUGCACAACGAGCCGUGGAAGUACUUCCGCUCGUCUCAGCCAUACAGCAGCACUCUCGUCAACGCCAGCUCUGAUAUGCCCGAUCAGACUGUCCUCAUUACAUACCCUGUUAUCAAGCGUGAUGUCGACGGAAACCUGUGGCUGAUCGUCCGAGGGCAAGCAUCUGGUGAUGGCUCCGCAAGGGGUGGCUACUUCUAUAAGUACACGACGGACAACAAGAAGUGGACCCGCGUGAGCCUCUGGGCGUACAACAAGGGCUACUCUGUAUACCCCGAUGAUAUCGCGUUCUCGUCUGAUGGAGAUGUUCAUGUUCAGUGGGAAUGGAGCAAGUAUCCCGCGUCUGCUGUGCGCCACCAGGGAAGCUAUGUCCGCUAUCGCCCAUCUACCAACUCCUUCACCUCCGCCUCUGGAUCUACCGUUUCGACACCCAUCACCCAAAACACCGCCGAUAUCGUGUAUCAGCCUCUGACUUCAGGGGAGACAUACAGCGGCGACAUCAACGCUUCACCCGGACCAGCUUUCCAGAGUGCCAAGAUGGCUCUAUACGAACGCCCCGCUGGCACCGUUCACAUCCAGAGCGCCUACCGCUUCAAGACUUCUACUAGCGGAACAUGGCAAGUUCGUCGUGCUACAGCAACAUAUGGUACUUCUAACCCUUGGACGCGUGAGAUCCUGUAUAGCGAUAGUGAGACCAGCGCUGGUAUUGGUAUCACUCAUGACGGAACAACUGCUCGCAUCUACUACAGUCGCUCUUCAGCCAGUGCCUUUGUGCUGGAGAAUGUCGGUGGGGCUGGCUGGACCAAUACUGCUAUUGAACCGGCUGUUGGCAAGAAGGUGCAGCGUCUUCAGGCUUUGAUGAGGAGUGAUGGAACGGAUGUUUUGUACUUGGGUGCCCCAACGAAUGUUAACUCGACCACCGGAAGCUUGUAUCUAUUGACUGUUGGCGGCAGGACUUAGUGGCACGAUGCCUGUCUAGCAUGAGACGCUUGGAUGUGAUUUAGUGGAGUGGCCAUAGCUGGGGCUUCAUCUCGUCCCAUAUUAGUCAAU